AACGAAAUCCCCUGGCGCCUAACACAGCAAGGACGAGAAGGGUGGCGCCGGGUGGCCGCGCUCUUGGUGCCAACGUGGAGCGCUGCGCGCUCAGUUCCCCGCGUUACGCGACGCCCAGCCGGCCCGCCUGUAAGGGUGACCAGCUUCGGCCGGUUCGCGGGGAAGAUGUCCGAAACCGGGGAGCGGGCGCCCCUGCAGGGCGUUGGUUGCGUGCCC